AUGAUUGCACAUUGUCUGAUGCAGGGCAAGAUUUGGCAGCAGCUAGGAUAUUUGACAUCUUUCAAGCAGGAGAAGCUUCAAACCACCUGUUGCUCUAUCGUACUCAAAGACGAUUUACUGAAUAGGCAAAUGUAUCAAGACCUCAAAAACAACGCAAACGGAAUCGCAAAGCUCAACAACACAUUGAUAUACAUUUUGGAUGAAAUCGUUUUUCACAUCUAUAUUAAUGACGAUCGUCUCUGCCCAUCAAACAGCAACUUUGUAAAGUUGUUAAUGGAGGACCUCAAUUAUCUCAUGGCAUGUAACUACCUGCAACUAGAAUCUGCUUUCCCUUUGGUGUUUUGCUUUUAUUCCCGUUCUAUAUUACAACAAUCAUAUGAGUUAAUGUCCUCCAUUCAAGAGUCGCUUCAAAGGAAAACACAAGACCAAUUAUCGGGACGACGGGAAAUCGUCAUUGGGUUCUUGAAACAGGUCUCCACAAAAAAUAUGAAGUGGUUCUGGUCGAAGCACAAGUCGCAUAGAAACCCAGACUCCAUCAAGGUGUUCUUGUUGGAGUUCUUCAAUCAUGAAGCCGCGCUGUAA